CAUAAAGAAUGGCAGUUAAAAUUGACGGAAGACAUAAAUCUACGAACGUUGCGGGUAAUAUCGAAAAUGGUAUUAGUUAUUGCUCAGAAAAUGAUACAAUAAUAAGGAAGCUACAACUUAAAACCGAAGCACUUGUAUUGUUAAGUCAAGAAUUAGACCAAUGUAGAGCACAACGUGAUCAAUUUAAGUUGAUGGCUGAACAGAUUCAAGAAAGGUUUUUACACUUGAAGAAACAAACGUGCGAAAGGAGAGAAUUAAAUAGACCUUAUAAUUUGGAAGAUGACUUUAGGACCCUGGAUCUGCUGAUGGAAAGUCGCGAGCAAAAUAAAUGCCUUCGAUUGCAAGUAGAAACUUUGCGUCAAAAGCUUGGGGAUGCUCAAGGGGACAUUAAAGUGCUUAGAAGUAGUAAUCGAGUAUCCGAAGAACGGCAAGAGAAUCAACCAGUUCCUGAAAUGCAUCAACGGGAAAAAAUGCUAGAACAGUUAGAGAAUCUGAAUAUCAAAUGUGCUCAGUUACAAUCUGAACUGCAAACUGUAUUAGAUGAAAAGCACGAGUUGGAAAUAGAGAGAGAUGCAUUUAAAUGUAAAGCACAUCGUUUAAACUAUGAAUUGUCAAAGGCCCUCAAUGCACCAAAACCUGUAGACCUUGAUGCCUUAAUUAACGAAAACAGAUAUUUACAGGAGAGAUUGCAGCAAUUGCUAGAAGAAAAAGAGCUUGCAAGGCAGUCCCUAUCAAAAUAUAAGAGCAUGCUAGAUAGUAAACGAAUAAAAGGAAGCAUAAAAUUAGGUGGAAAUUCUGCAGCAGGAACAGUCAUGACACAUAAACAAGUGGAGCAGUUGUUACAACAGGGAUCUCAUAUACCCCCUCAAAAAUCAGCAGCUGCAUUGUCUGACCUACGCUGCCUGUGUACAGCCCUUUUAGAAGCGCUAAAUGAUAAAACCUUAGCCUUGGCUCAUCAAAAAAAAGCUAAUAAAAUUCUAGCAUCUAGAAUUUGCGAAUUAGAUAGUGCCAUUCAAUCUCCAACGACAAAACUUCUGGAAGGAUAUGGUGGAGCAGAUGAUGAAAAAUGUGAUGAGGAACAUAUAGGUAUGAACGGUUCGACACCACCCACGCUGAAUAACAGUAUUCAGGUAAAUGAAAGUCAGUCUGAAAAUACUGACGAAGCAACCAAAGAAAGGUCGGAAGUUUCUCAAACUCAAAUAUUAGAAGAAUUGAACUCUAUUUAAACUGAAUUAAGCUGUUUGGUACUUAGGUACAAAUACCUUUGAAAAGUUGUUUUACCAAAGAUAAUCAUAGAGUUCCUGUUUAGUUUGAUUGGCGUUUUAACGUCAUCGUAUACAUGCAAUUUAUUCUGACAUGUUAAACCUUUAUUUAGUCUCAAGAAGUCCAUCGUUCUACAUGAACCUAGUCAUUCCUAUAUGCUACUUCUAGCGUCGUCAUGCCUACGGUUUUCCGUUUUCUUUGCAGAUUUAUGCAAAGUAAACAAACCUUUUGAGAGAAUAUUUUACCAACACCGUUUAUUUGGCAUUUUUACCUUGUGUUUCACGAUAUGUACAUUGAUAACGGACGAAUUUAUUAGAUAUUCAAUGUACUUUAUUUUUAAAUAAAGAAAUCGGACAAUUUCAAGUAGUAUGACAAUUAUACAUCUAUGCGUGCCAGUUAAUAAGUUUAUUUCAGAGUU